CGCACAGAAAAUGACAACCAAAAAUGAGCAGUGAAAACAUAGAAAUUUUGGCUGCCAUUAAUUACUUACAACCAAUUCAAUAAUACUAAACAAAUAUGGUUGCUUACAUUAAAGGACCAGCUUAUAAGGCUGCCUUCUCAUUCUUAGGAGUUAACCCAUCCCUUUUCAGAUCAUACUUACCAAAUUUAAUCUUAUGGGGUGGAGCUACUGGUGCUGGAAUUGCUACCUUUACUGAAGGUUGGCCAUUAUUCCAACAAACUUUCUAUUCUAAGAUUCCAGUCUUCGGAAGUCAUUGGAUUGAAAACAAGGAUCCUGAAGAAAUUCCUAUUUAAGGCGGUUAAUGAAGGUGUUUAUGAGAUUCAUAAACUUCAUAAAUUUAAUAAAUUUAAUAUACUUAAUUUCCCCCUAACCAAUUUCCGAUCAUUGCAUAUAUAAUAUUCAUUCUAUAAAAGAGU